AUGGGUGCGUUUAUUGCGAAGAUGCUGCUGCCGACCGUCAGCAGCCUGGUCUUCCUGCCUGCAGCCAGCGUGGCUGCCAAGAGAGGCUUCCACAUGGAGGCCAUGGUCUACUUCUUCACCAUGUUCUUUACUGCGAUUUACCAUGCGUGUGAUGGGCCAGGCCUCUCCAUCCUGUGUUUCAUGAAAUAUGAGAUUUUGGAGUACUUCAGUGUUUACGGCACCGCUCUCUCCAUGUGGGUCACACUUAUAGCUCUGGGUGACUUUGAGGAACCAAAGCGCUCCAGUAUAAUCAUGUUUGGCGUGUUGAGCAUUGCUGUGAGGAUCUACCAGGACCGCUGGGGCUAUGGCAUCUACUCUGGACCAAUAGGAUCGGCUGUCUUCAUCAUCACUGUCAAAUGGCUGCAGAAGAUGAAGGAGUUGCGGGCCGUGUAUCCAGAGAAAACAGUGUACACUCAGCAGGUCGGUCCUGGCUGCUGCUUCGGUGCUCUCGCUCUUAUGCUGCGCUUCUACUUUGAGGAGUGGGACUACGCCUACGUCCACAGCUUCUACCACCUGUCUCUGGCUGUGUCCUUUGUCCUGCUGCUGCCCAAGAAGAACCGCUACGCCGGGACGGGCAGAGGUGCUGCCAAGCUCAGCUGCUACACCCUCUGCUGCUGUGUAUGA